AUGCCUUCAGAAGGUGUUCCCAAGUGCCAACGCUGUCGUAGAGACCACAAGAAGUGUUCUCCCGAGAACAGGCAAUGGCCAGGGACAAAAUGUGACCGCUGUGAAAACUAUGGUUACGAAUGUUCCGAAAAUCUAAUGGCCCGGAGGUCGUCUCAAAAAGAUAUGGAUACAUCACGGCCAGUUAGCCGUCUUAUGGAAGUUUACCCCCAUAAUCGAUUCUUUGGCUGCCACCAAGAGCUUUCGCGAUCAAUACCAGUGCGCCCUCAUGUUCCUUCCGUCGGCGCAAUAAACCAUCAGACGCACUGCCAGUCCCCUUGGGCAGGGCUUUUCGACUACCUCAGAAAUGUCGACUGGCUCAGCUUGACUUCUUCCAGUACCCCUAUGGCCUCCAACCCCUUUUUUACCAUGUUUCGGUCAUCCAUUUGUCCAGUCCCCGAUAUUUCAGCUACCCCCCUCGGGCAACGAUUAAUGUACCUGGAAACAUUCGCGCAAAGCCAAAGAUAUAUGCAGGAUCCCUCAGUUGCCCUCUCUGCAUCUCCGUUAGAGACUUCUAUCAACCUCAUAGCUGCGCGUUUACAGAGAGACUUUCCUCGAAUAACUGUCAUGUUUAGUUUUGACGAACUUCACGCUAUUUGUGGGAACUAUGUUCGCUACGGCUCUUACUGGAAUGUAUUUCGGACUGUCCUUCAGACCGAUGAGAUCCUUCUUGUUGAUCCCGCCUUUUCGUUUGACAUGGAUAUGCCAAAAACUACAUUUGAGAGCGCCCAGCAAAUAUGGUUGUGUCCCGAGUUUGGACUAAAACAGUUCUGUCAGAAACUGUCCGGCGUUAGCCAGAUGAUAUCUGAUCUCGCUCGGACCGAGCAACAUUCAGAAGCACGAGCAUUCCUCGCUGCUAAGAUACCAGACCGUAUCGAAGAAGUACUUGGACCUCGGAUUUCUCCCACCACAACACACAGCUAUCCUUCUCCCUUCUUCCCACAUGACACGGUGACGAGCUCCCCCGUGGAAUUAACGGAUGGAGAUGUAUACUCGCCUUCCACAUCCGCAGGCGGCGACGGGUCCGAUGACGGUUAUUCACUAGAUGGGAGGGGCUUCCAAUCCAUGGCGGAGAGUACCCGCUAUAACGAUACCUACUUUUAG